AUGUCAGAACCUCAUAUGAAGACAGCAGGUGUUGCGCAAUACAUUCGUCAUCAAGAUGAUGUACCAGCAAAUGCUAUUGUACCUACUGAUGCUGUCAUUAUUGAAUUUAAACAGCUCAAGAUGCGACGCAAGUUUCGGUACAUUUUAUUUCGUAUUGAAGCUGAUAAGGUCGUUAUAGAUACAACGGCACCACCUUCUGCAACAUUUGAAGACUUUACUGCUGCAUUACCUGACUCGGAAUGUCGCUAUGGUGUAUAUGACCACGAAUUUCUAACGUCUGACGGUCGUAAGUCGAGCAAACUCUUUUUUGUGACGUGGAUUCCACAGAAUUCGCAUCCUGGUUUUAAAAUGGCCUAUACGCAUGCAAAGAGCGCCAUUCAGAGCGUGUGUGAAGGCUGUUAUGAGGUCAGUGCUGUCAUGAAGAAGGAGAUUGCUCAGGGUAUGAAUAUUACAGGCCAAAGUACCUCGGACUCGGACAGCGAGUUUGAAGAUGACUAA